AUGGCGUCAAAUGACAAUAGAAUGGUAGUUUACGAGCAAGGAGAACUCAUUAAGAUCGAUUGCACCCAUUCAUUUACCACGUCAGAAAAAUUCCCAACAAAAGAAGCUUUAUUUGCAUGGGUUCGUGAAGUAUGUAAAAUAAUUAGAAUGGUGUUAAUGAUUGCGGGUUCGAGUAACAAGAAUAGAGGACGUAGGACACCGUAUGUGAUUGUUUGUUGUGAGCGUGGGGGCCUUUAUGCUGGCAAGAAGGGGACAAAAGAACACAAGGAUGAUGAAAAGGCUGAGUGGAAAUUGGAUGUUCAUAGUGGUAUUCACAACCACAACUUGUUUGAAAACUUGCACGGACACUCUUAUGCCGGAAGAUUAUCAAAUGAGGAGACUUCACUUGUUCACACUUUGAAGAAAACAAUGGUGAAACCAAUGGCAAUUUUAAGAUUAUUGAAGCAAAAUGACCCGUCUAAUGUAACUGGUAUGAAGACAGUUUACAAUACUAUCUCUAAGUUAAAUUUCAAUGAAUUAUCUGGGAGAUCUCAAUUGCAACUAUUGUUCGCCAAGUUGAAAGAAGAUGAAUACCUCUCGUACCAUAGAUCGAACGAGUUUAAUGCGAUUACCGACUUGUUGUGGAUCCACCCGAAAUGCAUUAAGUUGGCACAGUCGUAUCCGUACGUAUUCGUCAUCGAUAGGUUACUGUCGAAUUAA